UCCUACCCUCGUAGUGGCAGCUCAAAACUUCACCUAUCUAUAGUGUGGUACACUGGUACCUACCAAAUUCUAAACUGUCACAAGCAGCAAAAACCUCCGAUAAACCCCUUUAAACCUUCUUCGUUCGCCGGAAAAACAGCGUUUUCCGGCGUUACAAUCUUCACCGAAUGUCUGUUAUUCUUAGCAGUCGACACUGCAACUUUCUCAAGGUAAGUCGCCUUCUUCCACGCUUUCUCUUUCUUCCUUACAAUCUCUCUCCUAAAACCCUCAUUUGCUCAUUAACCCAGAUCCCUUUUACACAUUUUGUACCCUUUAAUCAUACUUUUUCUUCAUUUUCUUCAAAUUUUACUUGUACCCAUCAUUUUCUUUGUCAAUUUUUGCCUUUUCCAUGCUCUAAUUCGAUUAAUUUUGAUGUUAUUAAUUCAAAUGAGAGGCGUAGAAUUUUUGUUGGGUUAUCUAGAAUGAUUAAGCAUCAGGAAUUUGAAAAUUUGAUGGGGUUUUCACAAAGUUUUUGCCCCUUUAUUCUAUUUGAGAUCAUGAAAUUGUUUGAUAGUAGGGAAUCUGCUGCUGCAUUUUUUAAGCUUGCAUUUCAGGAUCAUUCUGAGGAUACUAUUAAGCAUUGCUGUGUUGUUGCACAUUUGCUCGCAUCCGAGAAUCUUAAGUUGCUUGCUCAGGAUGUGAUAUCUUGGGUUAUAUUGAGAAUUGGGUCUUGUAGAAGUAUGGAAUUUUUAGAGCUCAUGUGGAGCCAACAUUUCGAUUAUGAAUCGGAUUUUUCGGUACUUGAUUCACUUAUGAGGGGUUUUGUGAAUGCUGGUUUUGUUUAUAUUGCAUUGGAUGUGGUGAAGCGAAUGAGGGAUGUUGGUGUAGUACCGAGUUUGUCGGCUAUUAGUAUAUUGUUUAAGUUGUUGUUCAGGGUUGGUGACUAUGGUAGUGUAUGGAAAUUGUUUAGAGAUAUGGUUCGCAGAGGGCCUUGCCCAUCUAAUUUUACAUUCAAUAUUAUGAUUCUUGGAUUUUGUAAAAGCGGUUGUCUUGUGAAUGGAGAGAGUUUACUACAUGCAAUGCGGAAGUUUCAAUGUCAACCAGAUGUAUAUACCUAUAAUAUUUUGAUCAGUGCCUGCUGUACAAGAGGGAGAACUGCUGAUGGAUUGACUUGGAUGCAUUUGAUGAUUGAAAAUGGCUAUAAACCAAGUUGUGUUUCCAUGACUACUAUUAUUAAUUCGUUGUGUAAAGAAGGUAAUGUAUCAGCAGCAAGGAAAUUAUUUGAUGGAGUUAUUGAAUUAGGCCUCAGUCCUAAUAUCUUCAUGUAUAAUGCCCUAAUUGAUGGAUAUGUAAAAGCAAGAAAUAUAGUUCAAGCAAAUAGUGUUUUUGAUGAAAUGAGGAAGAAAAACAUAGCUCCUGAUGCUAUAACUUUUAACAUAUUAGUUGCUGGACACUAUAAGUAUGGGAGGGUAGAGGAUGCAGAACAUGUCUUAAGUGAAUUUUUAUCAUCACAACUCAUACCAGAUGCUUCAUUGCCUGAUCUUUCAGUUUCUGGAUUGUGCUGGGCUAAUCAGUUAGACGAGGCCAUGAAAUUGUUAGAGGAUCUGAUUGAGCGGGGGCUCCCUAUCGGUGUUAUUGCUUUUAACUCCAUAAUUGCAGCUUAUGCUAAAGUGGGGCUAGAAGAAAAAGCCUUCAGAGUUUAUAAAAUAAUGGUUAAAUGUGGUCUUUCUCCUACUUCAUCCACAUGUAGCUCUUUGCUCAUAGGUUUGUCCAACAAGGGUAGGCUGCAAGAAGGUAAGGAGCUCAUAAAUCAUAUGAUAGCAAAUGGUUUUCCUGUGAAUAAAGUUUCCUUUACUGCUCUUCUAGAUGGCUAUUGCCAGAAAGGGGACAUGUCAGGGGCUCAAACCCUGUGGAAUGAAAUGAAUCAGAGGGGGUUAUCCCCUGAUGCCGUUGCCUUCUCUGCUUACAUUGACGGGCUUUCUAAAGCUGGCCUUGUGGAGGAGGCCUUUGCUGUUUUUACAGAAAUGAAAAUGAGAGGAUACAUGCCGAACAACUUUCCAUACAACUCUUUGAUUUUUGGCUUAUGUAACAGUGGUCUAAUGGAUGAAGCACUGAAAUUAGAGAGUGAAAUGAAGCAAAUGGGGUUGGUUCCAGAUAACUGUACCUUUAAUAUCAUUAUAAAUGGAUUCUGUAAGCAGGGGAGAAUGAAGUCAGCUAUUGAUGCUUUUGCAGCGAUGCAUCGGACUGGUUUGUCUCCAGAUAUAGUGACUUACAACACUCUUAUUAAUGGAUAUUGUAAAGCAUUUGACUUAGCUAGUGCCAAUGACAUUUUACAUAAAAUGCAUUUUAGUGGUUGGAGCCCUGACAUCACAACCUAUAAUAUCCACAUGCACGGGCUUUGUUCUAGUCGGAGGGUAAAUCAAGCUAUAGCAAUGUUGGAUGAGCUAGUAUCAGCUGGUAUUGUUCCAAAUUCCAUCACAUACAACAUUAUGAUGAAUGGAGUUUGUGGUGACAUCCUGGAUCGUGCCAUGAUGCUGGCUGCAAAGUUGCUCAAGGUGGCUUUUAUUCCAAAUGUCGGUACCAUUAAUUUGUUGCUUUCUCAGUUUUACAAGCAAGGGAUACCUCAAAAGACUUUGAUGUGGGCCCAAAUGUUCCAUGAGAUCGGUUUUGAAUUCGAUAAUGUUACAUAUAAGAUCAUUGAUAAGGCUUACAGUGAUUUGCAAGAAGACAUGGAAGCUUCAGCAGGUAUACCAGAGAAAAGUCUGUUUCUUGACUUUCUCAUGUACAUCAAUUAUGACUACUUACGUAGAUGUAUAAAUUCCACUAAACUGCUUAAGCAUCCUAUAGCUCUACUUGAUGAUGAAUGUCAAGUGUCUUCCAAUGCUGGGUAAACUGCAUCCUCUUCAUAUUUGAGGUUCAAUGGAUCUUUGCUCAACUGUGAAUAUCUCCUACAGCUAGUGAGAAAACCUGCAAUUAGUGGGGCCUUAGGGGUAAAAAAUAGGCAGCCUUGUCUCCUAAUUGCAAUUUGCAAUGCCUACAAACUAAAUUUCACCGGAACUGGCCAAAAUUGUGAAAUUGCAAAGACAGUAAGAAUUAUAGUUCAGGGGAAAAAAAUGGAGUCGAAACACCAUCACAUGUGAAAGAUUGCUCGUAUCUGGGGAGCAGCAAGAUUACUUUGUAUGCAAAAUGUUGAACAAUUUUUUGCAACAGUGCAAGUUGCAUGCUGCCACAGCAUGUCAUGGGUAGCUGGAGUGCAAAAAAUUGAAACUUUGGCUUUGCUGGCACUCUGGCAAUGUCAUGGGUUGCAGCUUCACCAUUUGUAGAACAUAUACUGCUCAUUAUUAUCAUGCAGAUGUCCCUAGCUGCACUAAUAAACUACAGAGUAUGAUGGACUAUGGUCUUGAGGGGGAGGUGACCCUACUUUGUUGCGCCCUGGUCUUAUGACAAAACACAUUUAUACUACGUAUCUCCUAUUUUACGAUGGAGGGCUUCAGGAUAAGGCCUAUAAUCAUCUUCAAGUUUCUACCAACCACCAGCUAUUUGGAGGAUGUUGCAAGAAAUUCUUGCCUUCAAAUCUGCAUGAUUUCGAAGAUGUACGGAGUUUUGCUGCUUAUAUCUCUUGGGUUGGUCUUUGUGCACUGCAGAGGGGGCAAUUUGUAUCUUACACCUGAUUGUACUUCACAGCUCAAUGAAGUAAGAAUGUAUGACCCUUAGCUUAAUAAAAAGGGCCAAGCUAAUUUUUCA